GGAAAGAAAUCAUCAAUGGGAGGUGGAACCGUCAUGCAUUCUGACCAUUCUGUGCCUAAGUUGAGAAACACCCUCAACAAGUUCUCUUCACCUUCUCCUCCUUCCAAUAUCAAGCCUCCACUUUCAACUGACAACAACUUAUCAUGUAGCAGUUGUCACACUCAACUUUGCACAAAACAGGAGCUGCUGGGUGGAAAAGAAGCCACGUCAGCAUGUCGUUGUCUCUAUAAUCAUGUAUUUGAACCUGUUCCAUCUCAAAGUGAAGUUGAGGAUGCGGUAUAUGCUCUUCAAGAAUUUAUUCAAGCAGUAUCAUCCUCAAGCACACUUCAGCAGAUCUUAGGCUCUUGUGAUCCAAGGGUAGUGAUGUCUCAGGGAUAUAAAAGACUUAAUGAUGCUCUUCAGUUGCUGCAAGCUGAUCCCGCCAUAAAGAGAUUAGUGGUUUCAUUAUCAUCUGAUAAAGCUCUUUGGGAUGCUGUCAUGAGCAAUGUGCUGCAUCAAAAGCAGCUCCUAGAGUUGCCUGAUUCAGUUGAAUGUAGAAGGCCUCCCAUUUCUGAACAAAAUGAAUUUGGCAUAAUAUGCAGCUGGAUAUUGGAUAUCAUAAAAGGAAAGAUUUUGGAACUGAUUGAAAGUUUCCAGUCACUUGUGAAUGAUUUGUUUCAAUCCCCUGGGAUGAAAAAUGCUACCACCGAUGCAACAGAGCUGGAUGAAAAAGUUAGGUCGUCUUUCCUGCUCUCCAUACUAAUCCUCUUGAUUGUAAUAAUGGCUCGAUCUCAAAAGUUUUAGUCAAUGGAGUAUGAAUAUGACGAGUAUUUCCUUGUAGAUUUAUAAUUUGGACAAUUGAUCCAUGUGCAAACUUUCACUUAUUUUUUGUAUUUUUUUUCUUUUUGUUCUAAAAAUAAAAU